AUGAAUUGGACAAACGUUUGCAAUUUGGAUAAAGAAGAUCCAUCGACGGAGUUGUCCUUCGACCUCUAUGAAGACUUGAAUCAUGAAGCAACUCAGCAGUCAGGCAGUCUCAAAACCUACGAAGUAAAGGAGCAAGGCGGUGCUAUCUACGACAGAGAAAAGUCAGGGCACCGUGUGACGGUCGAACGCCUUCUCUGGGUUGAUGGUAUGGGACAUUCCAUCGUGAGAGGCGAGAAAUCUACGGCCAAGAAAGAAAUGACUCUUGUUGUGCUCAAGAUUACCCUUGUACCAGAGGGUGACAAGAAAUUUUGGUAUAUGAAGGCGUCUCUGAGUUUUGAAGGCGAGGAAAAGAAUGGCAUUAACGAUCCUCAUGUUCAAGCAUGGGCGCCCUUCAACAGUUCGAAGAGGUGGAGCCCGACCGUGGUCCAUCAUACGAAAUCUGGCAAGAAAGAAGGAAGCGUGAAAGUCAGUCAUUCUGUGGCUAGUGUAACAGGUAGUUGGAGCAGAGGAAGCGAAGUGUCUUGGGACCAGAUUGUCUUUGCCAAUGGAAACUCCGACCCGACGAUAAGCGAAGAGACGGGAAACCGGAACGGUGUGGAAUGGAUUGUGCAACAUGACAAAUCGCAGAAUGCCGGUAUUCCCCAGAAGUUGUGGGUUGCCGUUCUCUUAUCGCGACCAACAGCGAAGCCAUACCGGGCAAAAUUCGAGAUUAACGCUCGAGUGGGCACGGUGGACGACUUGAAAAAUAAAACAAGGGCGUUCUUUGGCUUCGAUCCACGCAAAACCAAGCCAUUCAGAAUAACUCCAGGGUAUCACCAGCUGUGUUGUUAUGAAGGCAACGACCUAAUUAAAGACAUCGAUCUCAACAACCUAGACGCAUUACGAUCUGCAGACGAUUCAUCCAUGUUGGAUAUGAAAUGGGGCCCAAAAUAUCAGGUCGAGGCGGCUCUGGAGAGGCCAGAUAACAGUUGGGCGACAACGGACGUUUCCAAGGACAGUCAAUCGAAAACCUCGCCAGUUUCCAAGGAAACGCUGGAUCAGACGGCAACUCCAGCUGAAGAGCCAGCUAUCCCAGUCGCGGCUGAAAGUAUCCAGCCACUGCCGCAGCUGAAUCCUCCUCCCUUAGUUGUCGGUUGGCACAACUCAGGCUCAAUGGCGAACAUGGACUCAAAUCGGCUGACAGGGUUGGAAGAGCGCAUGGCCCGGCUAGAAGCUCGGCUACACGAGCAAGAUUCUACGAUUAUCGCGUUGCAGCAGAAACUGUUGGAAAAGGGGCGUAGCUAG